UCCCGCUCCAUAUUUGUAUUCCCGCCAAAAUGUCAUUUGUUUAGAAUAAACUCACUGCAAAAGUCGAAAUGGUUGAGACUCCGGAAAAGAAUACAACUUCCUCGCCCAGGAAGGGGUCACCGCUGAAGAUGUCGCCCCUUAAACGCCAACUGGAUAUGGAUUGUGCUGAAAAACCGGAGUGCAAGAAGGAAAGAUCACCCCAGAAGCAGCGACCGGAGGAAAAUGCCGACGAGAAGCAGUACUUGAAUCUUCUGCGCAGUAUCAUCAAUACUGGGGAGCGUCGCAUGGACCGCACCGAAGUCGGUACUUUAUCCAUCUUCGGAUCGCAGAUGCGUUUUUCCUUGAGGGGCUGUUUUCCCUUGUUGACCACCAAACGUGUCUUCUUCCGGGCAGUAGCCGAAGAGUUGCUUUGGUUUGUGGCCGGCAAGACGGACGCUAAGCUUUUGCAGGCCAAGAACGUUCACAUCUGGGACGGAAACAGCACCAGGGAGUUCCUAGACAAGCUCGGACAUACGGACCGUGCCGUUGGAGACUUGGGCCCGGUGUACGGUUUCCAAUGGCGGCACUUUGGCGCCGAAUAUACUACCUGUGACGAUGACUACCGUGGAAAGGGUAUCGAUCAACUAAAGCAUGUCAUUGACACGAUAAAGAAGAAUCCUUCGGAUAGACGGAUCAUCAUGUCGGCGUGGAAUCCUCUGGACAUUCCAAAAAUGGCAUUGCCUCCGUGCCACUGCUUGGCUCAGUUUUAUGUCUCUCAGGAGCGCGGCGAACUCUCCUGCCAGCUGUAUCAACGAAGCGCCGACAUGGGCCUGGGUGUACCCUUCAACAUUGCCUCCUAUGCCUUGUUGACCUAUAUGAUCGCCCAUGUCACUGGUCUAAAGCCUGGUGACUUCGUACACACUAUGGGAGACACGCAUGUAUACCUAAAUCACGUGGAGCCACUUCAGGAGCAACUUGAACGCGAGCCGCGGCCCUUCCCCAAACUAGUUAUUAAGCGCCAGGUGCAGGACAUUGAAGAUUUUCGCUACGAGGACUUUGAAAUUGUCGAUUACAACCCCUAUCCAAAGAUAAAGAUGGACAUGGCCAUCUAAGGAUUGCGCUCAUGUAUUUUUAGGCGUUGGUUUUGAUUUAAUUCUGGGCUUAGAGUUCUCGAUUAAUUACAUUUUAUUUCUUUUGAUUUAAUCAUCUAAUCUCGCACCCAUAUGUAAUUACAUUUUAUUUCUUUUGAUUUAAUCAACAAAUUUCGCACCCAUAUGUAAUAGAAUAAGAGAUUGUACGUUCGAAUAAAGUAUUUUCUGUAAUCUCGAAUGAUUAGUACGUUGUUAAAAAAAUAAACGAUUUAAACACAUCAUUUCAUAGCUUUA